CAGUCGCGAAGGCAGCGUCCAACUGCUCCUGGGGAAACAGCGUCACCAUCGCGAUGCGACGUUUACAUGGAUAAAUCACCAGCGUUCAACUCCGUCCCGUCACACAUGCUGAGCUCCCAAACCAUCCUGGAUUAUGUCUGAGACCGACCGCUAGCCGCGGCUGUUUUUGUGGGGUUCUACCGAAGAACUCCGUAGCUGUUCACUGAGACGUCCAGCUCCACACAUUUUUACGAUGGGAAUGGUCUUUCCGACGGGCAAAAUGUCCCCCAUUUCGGUGGCUUUGGCGCUGCUCACCGUCGUCUCCUGCACUUCUCCGGUGAGUGGGAACGAGGAUUGUCUGUGGUACGUGGAUAAAAAUGGCACCUGGCACAACGGCUUCGACUGUCCUCUCAUCUCAUCCUGCUGCGGCAACUGCCACCGGCGUUACUGCUGCAUGGAUCCCUUCAAGAUAAUCACAGAGAGGGAGCAGAAACGAUGCAUGCUGUUCCAGUUCAGUCCCAGCACUUUAAUCGGCAUCGCGUCGUCCAUUCUGCUGUUCGUGGCCAUCAUUGCCACCAUGGUUUGCUGCUUCAUGUGCUCCUGCUGUUACCUCUACCAAAGGAGGCAGCAGAGAGGCAGAACACCAUAUGAUGUCCAACACAUCCCCAUGGCCAGCUACCCUGUGGAGCCGAUGCGCGACGCGUUUGGAAAACCUCUUGGGCCUUCAGAGUAUCCACAUGCAGGCUAUCCCAUGAUGCCUCAGUAUGCUGGCAUGCCUGUUCAUUACCCAAUGAUGCAUCCAGGACCAUACCCAUCUCAAUCAAUAGAUCCGGCAUACAGCCAAGCCCCACCUCCUUACUCUCCGCCUCAGUAUCCUGGUCACUGAUGGGCUCAUCUUCACACAUAAACACAGCUGAGAGAAAUGACUGUUUGGGAAGGAGAAGGCAGUCUAACACACCCGUUAAAAUAAACCUGCAGCUCAAAAGGGAGUGGUUUCAAUGCGGAGGAGGAAAGGAGACACUUUAAUCUUUACUUUGUUUGCUGUUUGUUUGCAGCGUCAUCCUACGUUUCCAAAAUAGUAAUGUAUUCAGUUCUACAACCUGAAUUCAGAUUUUCUUUUGCCGAUUUUUAAAAAAAAAUUUUCACGUCAUAAAAUUAACGGAGAAUCUGUCGAGGCAUUUUGAGUUUUGCUCUAAGUGUCACUAGAAGACACUUCUCCCUGGCUUACAGAAAACCAAAGUUGAAGAACAUGACUUGUGAUGCACUCUUUUAAGUGUUGAAGGGAAUAAAUGUGUAACUUUUUUCACGUUUGUUAAAUUCAAAGAAACUGCUGUGUUUCUGUUUGACAAGUAUUUUAUCCCGAUCCUGAAGUUUAGCAUCUUUCUAUUUGUGUCUGGGGCUGAGGUAAAAAAGCAAAAAAAAAAGCAAAUGAGAUGCAUGUUUUGAUGAUAAAUUUUAUUUGAAAAAAAAAAAUUCUUUCACCUGUUAGUUCAAACUCAACCUGAUCUGUUUUGAUAUACGUGUCGUGCAAAUAUUUCUGGACAUGUUGUAAGUGAUGCCAUCUUAGCAUCAUUGUGCUUCCUCAGUUAGGAUUAGCUUUCCUCCUCAGCUGUUUUCUUUUAUGGUUUAAAAUAAACUUUAAUAUUAGACACACUGCCAGGCAGGAAAACUGCAAAUGUUGCAUUUUUAUUUCCUGCAACUUAGGAGUUACAGGAGUCCUACUGCUUGAUUUAAACAGUCUACACUACACAUUAAUAAAACAUGAAGAAAAAGAGAGAAUAUUCAUUACAUAUUUUGUAAAACUGUCCCUUGGUUUAAUAUUGUAACAAGUUGUUUUAAAACGGUGUAGUGUUAUUGUAACAGAGGACUCUUUUGUUGAGUGUUUGUCAUUACUGAGGUUACCUCUUACUGUGAAUGACUCCGUUCCAUCUGGACUCGGCUACAGAGCCAAAAUAAAGUUCUUCCAAGUCGAGAUGCAUCGAUCAGGCUUUUUCUGCGUGGAACUGAGCUCUACUUUUCUUUGAGGUCUAAGCUGCUGAAUUCAAAUUUUAUUGGGUUUAUCUUGUGUUGCGAGAACUACUACACAUAAUUUAAAAAUAGAUGCACUGUCUUGAUAGAAUUAGAACUUUAGGAUUCAUCACAUAAUUAAGGAGGUGGGAUUAUGUCCAUCCACGCAUCAGGCAUCUGUCCCUUUACUUCAGCAGGGGUUUUUUUAGCUCAAAGUGAGUGCAUCAAAAUUUAUGCAUUUGGAGACCAAACAUGGUAGGAGUUUAUUGUUCUAGUGAAUAUUUGAUCCACCACCUCCAAUCAGAGUCCAUUAAAUAAAUCUGAUUGACUGGUUGGUGCAUUUAUACUUGAAAGGGUUAUCUUGGUAUUUUUGAAAAUCCUGUUUAUCUGCUUGUAAUAUUUUAAUUCUUGCCAAGUUCAAAUGAGAGAAUUUAUUGAAAAACUCUUAGUAAAAGCAAUAAAUAAAACCCAGGAAUUGCCUGAGUGAAAGUAAAAUUUAAGAAGUUUAGGAAAUUAUCUAAAAAUAUUGACAAUGCAAAAGUUGUAUUUGUGGGGUUUAAACACAAAAACUGGCUUUUUUUUUUUUUUUUUGCUUUGUGCUCGAUUAUUUUAUUGUGUAUUGAUGAAUUCAACAAAACUGAAAAUAGGAUAAAGGAUAACUGUUAAAUACAGUAACACAUGCCAAUGUAAAUUUAAUUUCUUUCACAAAGUAGAGAUAUAAUUGAGACACAGAUACAUUUACUGCAGAAUUAUGAAAAGCUGAGCGGUAAAUAGGCCAAUGACAUUGACUCACCUCAUGCAACUACAUGUUAACUAAAUCAACAGCAAAGAAUAUGCAAUACUUUGAGUUAAUAACUAAGUUUUCUCACCUAAAAUUAUACGACUUCUCACAUCUGGAUUUAACAAGAGAUUUACUAGAAUGCCAAGCUGUUCAUUAGUUAUGUUCAGAUUUGUUUACGUCAAGUUUCCUGUUGCCCCUGCAGAUGACUUCCUGGCUGCAUUUAGUUAGGUACGUUUGUAGUAAAUGCAUUUAGAAAGCACGUCUGAUCAAAUGACCGAGAUUUAUUCUGUAUCUUAUCUCUGUUGAUCUUCUCUGUGAACUAGGGAAUACCCAUCAGUAUUUUUUCUAGUGUAAAUUACCAACUCCUGCAUCCAACUGUACAGAUUUGUUGAAACUUGACAACACUGGGAUUUUCUCUGUUCCUUUCAUAAGUGGUUUAAUAAAAAUUUUUGCCCAAUAAUGUUAAUGUUUGUUUCUGCUUCUAAACCAACUCCAUGAGUGUGUUUUAAUGAAACUGAUAUGUAGAUGGAGAAAUGACAUGUCUAUGGCAUUUGUCUCUUGUAUGGACAAAAUGACACUGUAACAUAAAUGAAAAGAAAUUAUUUAUUAAUAAAAACUUUAACUUUGGAUUGUAAAACAUGA